UCCAUUAUUAUAAAUAUUUUUCAUUCAUAUAUUUAUGUAUUACUACAAACUGGCUUGUGUCUGCAUCAAGAUCAGGCAGAAAGUAAAAGUAACGACCACUGACAGUCUGUUAAGCCCCACCGUCCGUAAGGUCUCCCUUCGUCCACCAGGUGGCGGUAGUGAGUCAACUGGAACCUCAAAUUUCCCCGAAGAAGCUGCGGGAUCGGUUCGUUGUCAUGGAGACACUUUGUAAUUGUUCCUGAACAGAAACGAGGAAAGUUAGGGGUGCAGGUGCAGCACCAAAUGCAGCAUUUAAAGUCAAAUGUGACUAUAUUACAAGCACCACUGUUAGCUUAUCCGCUCCGCUGGUUAGCGUUAGCUGCGCCGCUGCGUUCAAGGACGGCUCGUUUUUUUUUUUUUUUUUUUAGAAAACACGGAAAAAGUCCAAACAAACAUCAGGUCACGCCUCACCGUCCUCUGCUGCACACGCAUCAGUCGGGUCUGCUGCUCCUGGGGGGCCUCUUCAGCCCUGGAAAUGUCCCAAAGGGAUGUGAUCGAUUUCUCGGCGUUGGAAAGGGAGUUGAAGGCGGCGGUGGAGUCUGACCGCAGAUAUGACCGUGAGAAUGAAGCCAAACUGAGAGCUGUCCACCAGGGAGUGUCCUACGAGCAGUUCAGGAACCUGGUCCUCUCCUCCCACCUGAAGCCUCUGGAGAAGAAGGACACGGACGGCGCUCCACGGAAGCAGCCCUGGAAUCCCGUUGUCCCAAACCAGACGUGAUUCAGAUCCUUCCUGUCUGUCGCACAUUAAGGGUUGCGCCUGUGUUCUUUAAGAUCGCCAUAUGUAAGAAUGGUGAUAACAGAAAACCUAAUGUCAGAAGGAGAACUACAGACCAUUACUGUCAAUAAAAAACUUUCAAUUCAAA